AUGAAUAAAGUAAUCUUAACACUUAUGAUAAUUGCAAUAACCUAUGCAACUUAAGCAGAAAUGAAAUCCUCGCAUUUUAAAACUCGAGAGAGUAGCUUGAGCUUUUAAGAUGCCAAUGAUAUAAAUACAAAUAAAUUCACCUGCUAAAUGGGUUUUGACUUUUAUGAUUACACCAUCAUAGAGUUAUCUAAAUGGGCUGAUAUUAUUGAGCAUAGAGAUUAAUUACAAAGAGAUUUAACAAUCAUUGAUUAAAUCAGUAGAUUGGUUGAUAAGGCAAAACAUAUUGAUGAUAGCUAAUAAUAAAGAAUGUUCUUGCAAAUAACUGGAAGCCUAUAAAAUUCUUUAUUAGAUAUGACUCUUGCUUAAUUAAAUCAUUAAUGGGCUAGAGGAAAUCUAGAUUAAUGCAUAGAAUAUAUGAGAUAAUUCUAAAAUACUGUAGGGCAUACAGAGCGAGUUACUAUGGCAAAUAGAAUUAUGGAUUAUUUAGAAAACAUGAAAUAUUAAAUAAAUAGAAAUUUAAACGAAUGCGCUUAAUACAGACAAUCAUCAAGAUUAAGAUAAAAAAUAAGGGAUUUAUAGAUGAGAAAAAGAGAAUGUCAAGAGAAUUAUAGUAGAAAUAAUCGAAGAGAUAUCAGUAAUUAAUACCCAUACAAUAAAAAACAGAAUUAUGAAUAUGAAUAUGGUUAGUAUCGUUCUAAUUAAGGUUCAUCAGUUACUUAAUAAGACAUCACUUAAAUUAAACCCAAUAGGCAUUAGCCUUAUAACAGAUAGCCAAUUUUUUAUAAUGAUGACGAAGUAUGCCCUUAAGGUGAAGAGGAUGAUUCACCAAAAAAUUUAACAGAGGAGUAGAAUGAAGAUAGUGUGGAAAAAGUUGAGGAAAGAGUGGAUAAAGUUGAAGAAGAACCUAAAAUCGAAUCACCAGAAGAACAAGAGAUUGAGAUAGAACCUAGUCCGGAUAGUAAUUAAAUUAAGGAAGAGGAGGAUGAAUAAAAAUUAGAAAAUGAUUCAAAUUUAGAUGACAAAAAGCCAAGAGAAAUCAUAAUUGAAAGAGAAUUUGGCCCAGAUUCAGAACAUCAAAAUAAUUAUGACGAGCCAGAGGAAUGCACAACUGCUGAAUAAACGGAAUUAGAAUUAGAUCCUACAGACAAUAAUAACUCUGAGCAACCAUAAUAAUAAGAUGAUAAGGAUGAAUAAGAGGUUGAACGGGAAUAAAAUUAAUUAGAAAAAGAAUAGGACAAAGAAUAAAACAUAGAAAAAGACGAAGAAUAGGAUAAUAAUAGGAUAAAGAAAAGAAUAAAGAAUAGGAUAAAGAAUAAGAUAAAGAGUAGGAGAAUGAUUAGGAUUAAGAAUAGGAGAAUGAAUAAGAUGAAGAAUAGGAAAAAGAAUAAGAAAAAGAUAAGGAAAAAGAAAAAGAAAAAUAGAAAAGUGGACCAUUAGAGAUUCCUCCAGAUGAUGAUGAAGAGCCUGUUGAAGGAGAAUUAGUAAAGACAGAAGGUAUUGGAGCUUCAUCUGAUGGUAGAAUAGGAAAUUAAUAGACAUAAUAAAAAUAGUUAAUAGGAUAAAGAAUAAGAGAAGCAAAAAUAGUAAGAAAGAACCUAGGAUAAAGAAUAAGAUAGGCAAAAGUCAUAAGAUAGAACCUAGGAUAAAUAAUAAGAUAAGCAAAAUUAAUAAGACAGAACCUAGGAUAAAGAAUAAGAUAAGCAAAAAUAAUAAGACAGAACCUCAGAUAAAGAAUAAGAUAAGUAAAAAUAAUAAGACAGAACCUCAGAUAAUGAAUAAGAUAAGCAAAAGUAAUAAGAAAGAACCUAGGAUAAAGAAUAAAAUAAGCAAAAAUAAUAAGACAGAACCUCAGAUAAAGAAUAAGAUAAGCAAAAAUAAUAAGACAGAACCUCAGAUAAUGAAUAAGAUAAGCAAAAGUAAUAAGAUAGAACCUAGGAUAAAGAAUAAAAUAAGCAAAAAUAAUAAGACAGAACCUCAGAUAAUGAAUAAGAUAAGCAACAGUAAUAAGAUAGAACCUAGGAUAAAGAAUAAGAUAAGCAAAAAUAAUAAGACAGAACCUCAGAUAAAGAAUAAGAUAAGCAAAAAUAAUAAGACAGAACCUCAGAUAAUGAAUAAGAUAAGCAAAAGUAAUAAGAUAGAACCUAGGAUAAAGAAUAAAAUAAGCAAAAAUAAUAAGACAGAACCUCAGAUAAUGAAUAAGAUAAGCAACAGUAAUAAGAUAGAACCUAGGAUAAAGAAUAAAAUAAGCAAAAAUAAUAAGACAGAACCUCAGAUAAUGAAUAAGAUAGGCAAAAGUCAUAAGAUAGAACCUAGGAUAAAGAAUAAGAUAAGCAAAAAUAAUAAGGCAGAACCUAGGAUAAAGAAUAAGAAAAGGAAAAAGAAAAAGAAAAAUAAAAAAGUGGACCAUUAGAGAUUCCUCCAGAUGAUGAUGAAGAACCUGUUGAAGGAGAAUUAGUUAAAACAGAAGGUAUUGGAGCAUCAUCUGAUGGUAGAAUAGGAAAUUAAUAGACAUAAUAGUAAAAAUAACAAUUAUAAAAUGAUAAAGUGAGCGAAAAGAAAAAACUCCGGGAUGAAGAGUCAGAAAAUAAAUUAAAAAGUGAAACUCUACAAAAUAAUGAUCAUGAAAGUGAAGAAGAUGUUUAUGAAUAAGAUGAAGUUGAUGAACCUGACGGAAGAGGAGGAACCAUAAAGGUAAAGAAAAUAGUUAAAAGAAGAGUGAAAAAAACCAAGAGAAUCAGCGGAUCUAGCUCUUCUUAAUCAUCAAGUGGAAAAAGUUCAUCAAUAAGUAGUAGUUAAUCUAAUAAGUCUACUGGAGGUAGUUCAUCAACUUCUACAUAAAGUUAAAAUUCUUAAUAAAAAUCAUCAUCCUCAGAUUAUAAGCCUCCAAGAUAUGGAGAUGAUGCAAGCGAAGAAGACAUAUUUGAAUAAGUUGAAGUUGAAGAACCAGAUGGAAGAGGAGGAACGAAAAAAGUAAAAACAAUGGUUAGAAAAAGAGUUAAAAAGAACAAAAAAACAACUGGAGCAUCAGGAUCCUCAUCAUCUUCAUCUUAAAAAUCCAGUUCCUCUGGUUCAUCAAGCUCCUCAAGUUCUUCUGGUUCAUCAAGCUCAUCAAGUUCUUCUGGAUCAUCAAGUUCCUCAAGUUCUUCUGGUUCAUCAAGCUCAUCAAGUUCUUCUGGUUCUUCAAGCUCAUCAAGUUCAUCAAGUUCUUCUGGUUCAUCAAGCUCAUCAAGUUCAUCAAUAAGUAGUAGUAAAUCUAAUAAGUCUACUGGAGGUAGUUCAUCAACAUCUACCCAAAAUUAAAAUUCUCAAUAAGAAUCAUCUUCAGACUAUAAGCCUCCAAGAUAUGGAGAUGAUGCAAGUGAAGAAGACAUAUUUGAAUAAGUUGAAGUUGAAGAACCAGAUGGAAGAGGAGGAACGAAAAAAGUAAAAACAAUGGUUAGAAAAAGAGUUAAAAAGACUAAAAAAACAACUGGAGCAUCAGGAUCCUCAUCGUCUUCAUCUUAAAAAUCCAGUUCCUCUGGUUCAUCAAGCUCAUCAAGUUCAUCAAGUUCUUCUGGUUCAUCAAGCUCAUCAAGUUCAUCAAUAAGUAGUGGUUAAUCUAAUAAGUCUACCGGAGGUAGUUCAUCAACUUCUGCAUAAAGUUAAAAUUCUUAAUAAAAAUCAUCAUCCUCAGAUUAUAAGCCUCCAAGAUAUGGAGAUGAUGCAAGCGAAGAAGACAUAUUUGAAUAAGUUGAAGUUGAAGAACCAGAUGGAAGAGGAGGAACGAAAAAAGUAAAAACAAUGGUUAGAAAAAGAGUUAAAAAGACCAAAAAAACAACUGGAGCAUCAGGAUCCUCAUCGUCUUCAUCUUAAAAAUCCAGUUCCUCUGGUUCAUCAAGCUCCUCAAGCUCAUCAAUUUCCUCAAGUUCUUCUGGUUCAUCAAGUUCUUCUAAUACAAAAUCAUCAAGUUCAACAAGUGGGACCACUCAUAAUUCUAAUGAACAUACUUAAUCAUAAGUCAGCCAAGAAUCUUUAAACAAAUCAAAAGUUAGUCAAUCAGUUGCAGAUAAAUUAACAUAAAAAUAUUCUGAAGCUGAAUCAAGGGAGCAAGCAUAAUCAUCCACUUCUGAUUCCAGAAAUAUCUAAAGUGGAAGCGCAAACAAAUAAUAAAUUGCAUCUGGAGGUUCAAGCAGCAGUUCAAAUAGCAGUUCAGCCAAUAAGUCAAGCAGUAGCUCAAGCAGUAGUUCAAGCAGUAGUUCAAGCAGCAGUUCAAGCAGCAGUUAAAAAUAAAGCUCAAGUAGCAAUGCAAGUAAUGCUAAGAGUUCUAGCAAUUCAAAUACUAAUAAUUCAAGCUAAAAAUCUGCAUCAUAGGCUUCCUAAAGUCAAAAUGGUAAGUAGGCAUCUUCUUCCAGCAAAUCAUCCUCCUCAAAAGGCUCUUCAGGAUCAAAGAAAAAUGUUGUGAAAACUGAGGAUGGAGAAGAAGUUUGGGAAGAAGUUACUGUCGAAGAGGUAACAGAAUACACAAUAGACUCCGACGGAAAUAUGAAAGUUAUUUCUUAGACAAGUACAUAAAUUCCAAAGACAAAAACAUACUAUCUAAAUUCAAUAGGGGAAUAAUAAAUAAAUCUUGAUAGUGAACAAAAUGAUGAAAACGAUUUUAAAAACUCCUUUGAAAACUCUAAAAAUGAGUCUAUUCCUGAUAAUGAUACAUACGAUCUAAACGAUUUCGGCAAUGAUUAUCUCUAUGAAAAAGAUGGAGAUAAAUAAGAGGAUAAUUUACAGGAAAAUGAAUAAGUGUUAGAAGAAGAUGGGCCUAAUAAUGUUUAAGAGUAGUAAAGUGAAAUAAUUGUAGAUCCAUAAUUAGAAGAUGACUAAGACUAUAUUUAUUAUCAAAUAGAAGGUGAUUCUAUUAUCUAUUAUUAAUAUGAUGCUAUUAAAAACGUUUACCAUAAGGUUAAGAUAGUUGAUCCAGAAUAAAAAAAAUCUCUUAUAAUAUAGGAUUCCUAAUUUGAUGAUGUAUUAGAUGAUGUGAUAAAUGAGAAUAAAGAUUAAGAAACAUUGCCAGCAGAAGACGCAAUUGGGUAAGAAAAAGUCAAUAAAUAAGAGCAAAAAGUGUCAGAAGAUGAAUAGAAGGCAGAAGCUCAAAAAAAAUUGUCAAAAGAAAAUUCUUAAAAUUAAGAAAAAAAUUCUUCUAACGAGGUCGAACCUAAAGAUAAUAAAAAUUAGCCGGAGGUUAAAAAUACCGAGGAAGGUGAAUAAACAAAAUAAAAAGAAGAUUUGGGUUAGGAUGGCAAAUAAUUAUAAAAAUAAGAAGAUUAAACAGAAGAAAAGAUAGGAAACAGAGUUAAGGGUCUUAUCAAAGAAGAAAAUGUUAAAAUAGAUAGUAUUAGUUCUGAAAAAGAUCAAAUAGAAGUAAAAGAUGAGAAAGAAAAAUCUUUAAAAAUUUAAUCAUUGAAAGAGGAGUUCAAUCCUAAUGAACCCACCUAAUAUGAACCACCAAAGCAUAAAGUUAAUGUUAGACCAAAGACAGAGAAGGUUAAUAUACCAGUGUCUACAAAAUAUGUGAAAUCUUCUUAUGAUGGUGAUGUUGCUGAAUAAUUUGAAUUUGCAGACAGAGAGCUCCUUUAAGAUUCUGAUGAAUAUGGAUAUGGAUUUUGGGUGAGAUACACUUCAAAUGCACCAAAAGUACAUGUAAGAAAACCAGAAACCUAUUAUUUCUUAUCUCGACUAACCUCAAAUCAAGAAUACAAAGACUUGGCUUAUUAUGGGGAUAGAACUUUAGCUAUAUUUAUGAUAGAAAAUUCCUUUAUUUUUUCCACCUAUGAUCAUUAAGAAAAGAAAAAAGUAAAAGACUAGGUUGUGGCCUUAAAUGAAGAUUUAGACAGCAUGUGGUACUUUAUCACAUUCUCAUACAGCACAGCUAAAAAAUCUGCAGUGGGUUUUGUGAUUGGUUAUGGGGAUAAUAAUAAAAUUUUAAAGGCAGAAAUUUAAUGCAGACAUGUACCACCAUAAUACUUUAAACUAUUGAUUGGUGGAAAACAUAUGACAUAUGAAGGAUUUAAUGGCCAAUUUGCAAAUAUAUUUUAUGAUAUUGAUGCUCCAGCCUUUGUAGACACAGAGGCAAAAAUAAUAGAAAUCAUAAAGACCAUUUCAAAUGCGCCUCAAUAAGUUACAAAUUUAAUCGAUUUAGAAGUUAUAUCAACUCCAAAAUUAUUCAAUGCUAAUACAGCAAGCGAUUCUGUCAUAUUGGAUCCUCAAGAGUCUUAACUAAUAAUUGAAGAAUAUAGCGUUGCAGCUUGGUUUAGAUGGAUUGAUGACUUAAAAGUGGAUAGUGAAAAUACUUUCUAAAUAUUUAAUUUAAGAUCAAAUGAAAAAAAAUCGUAAGGAAAAGGAAUUUUAGGUGACAGAUCAUUAGAAAUGCAUUAUAUUUAUGGAGGAGGAUCUUAAAGUUCUGUAUACUUUAAUACUUAUACGAUUGAAGGUAAUAAAGCAAAAGGAUCAAGUUAUUUAUCAAAAAUAGUGUAAUCUCCUAAUUAUAUUUGGUAAUAUGGCUAUAUGGCAUAUGAUAAUGAUAAAAUGAAAGUUUAUGGAGCAUUAAUAAGACCAGGAAAAUCUAAUGAGAUUACAUUCGACCCAAUUCAACAUAAAUUGAUAACCAAAUUAUACUUCACCUUAGGAGGAGACGAUUAUGUUUCGCCAUUUAAUGGUAAAAUUGGAUAUGUAGGAGUGUACUUAGGACCUGGAGCAUACAGGUAAGCACUUAAUUUUGGUUAAUAAUUUUAAUAUGGAGAUGGUGCCAUGAACGUGUUUUAAUUAAUGAAACCAAUUCAAUAUAAAGAAGAUGCUUUAGACCCUAAUGUAGUAAGAGAUUGCGCCUAUGAUGGUGAAAGUUCAUUAGUAGACAAGAUUCUAAUUCAUGAUGACUAGAAAUUAAGAAUAAAUGGCUAAAGUGAAUAUUCAUUUGGAAUGUGGACUAGAUGGUUGAGUACGAUGCCUAAGUAUUUGGUAUAAAGAGGAGCAGUUCAUAAUAUUGCUCGAUUAGGUACUGAGCCUUACUUGAUUGAAUCAGUUGAUGGUAAAUUAAAAAGAGCAAAUAAUAGAGCAUAAACACCAAAGGAUUAAACUUUGGCAGUAACCUUAAGCAAAGAAGCAUAUGAAUUUUAUACCUAUAGUGCCAAGGAUGAAAUAGAAUUUACAAAAUUAGAAGGCUGGUGGAAUUACAUUUACUUUGGAUAUAAAAGAUUUGGAGAUAAGGGUACAGCGAGAGGAUAUGUUUAGUUUGGUGUAGAUGGUGAGAUAAAGGAGGUUUCUUUUGAUAUUUACCAUGAUUAUAUUUUGGAAUAUGUUGAAUUUGUAGUUGGUAAGUCAUAGGCACCAUUCUUUAAUGGUUAAAUGGCGAAAAUAUAAUGUUCAAUUGGGCCAGGAGCAUUUGUGCAAAGUGCUGAUAAUCUAAGACUAUAUACUUAAAAUACACUACCUGAAAAAGCUUAAAUACAUCCAGUUUCAAGAUAAACUCAAUAAUUAAUUGGUACACCAGUUAAUGAGCCUUCCAAUUAAUUUUAAUUUGAUAAAUUUUAAGGAGCUCUAGAAUAUGCAAUUUCAGGUUGGGUUAAAUGGAGUGGUAUAUAAAAAUUUGGUAAAGUGUCUCAUAUUAUCACAAUGGCAUAAAAGAGAUUAGCUGACUUGGAUGGAAAGAAUGAGGAAACGCUAAAGAUUCAGAGAUCUGAUUUAUCGUAUAUUUACUCAACUUAUAAUUGCAAAGGUGAAGAUUGUUCUAAAAUUUAAAUUAAAGAAUAAUAAUUUGGAGAGUAUUGGGAUUAAUGGUCUUAUGUAUAUUUUGGCUAUUCAACUCCGUUGAAGAAGGCAUUUGGUUAUAUUAAGUAUAUAUUUAGUGAUGACAAAUUUUUGUUAGAUGAUAUUAAUCAUUUUUAUUUGGCUGUUUUCAGUGUAAUAAUAGGAAGUGAAUCGGUUAAAUUUUAAGGUUAAAUGAAAACAUGGGUAAUUAAUAUUGGAUAAGGAUCUUAUAGAGAGGGUGGAUUUGAGAGUGAUGAAAAUAUUAAAGUUCAUUUUGGAUUUAUAAGUGGAACUGAUCACAUUAAAUUAUAAUAAGCAGGAUAAGAGGCUCAUCAUGAAGAAUAAGUUCUAGAAUGUUCAGCAAAUGGCAAAGAAGUUCCUUUGCAUGUACAAUUUGAAUAAAGUGAUAAAUUAAAUCUUUAAGGAGUAAGUGAAUAUGGUUAUGGAUUUUGGGCUAGAUUUUAACAUUUCGCAAAUAAAGGUGUGUUAUAUUAAUAGCCAUAAUGGAUGGGUAUGGCUAGAUUGACAAGUUAAAAAGAUUAUAAAGAUUUUGAUUAACCAGGAGAUAGAGUCCUAUUGGUGUUGAUGGGCAAAAAUGUUUAUCACUUUUCAACUUACAAUGUACAACCAGCCUCAAAUAAUGUGAAUGGAAAUAUACCUUAUGCAAUAGAAUCAGAAAGUGAAUGGACAUACAUUUAUUUUAGUUAUAAGAGAAUUUCCUAGACUCUGGGACAUGCAGUAGCUUUUACUUCUUUUGGAGAAAUCACACCUGGUAUUUAAAUGGAUGUAUUACAUAAUUUACUCUAAAAUUAUUUGUAAUUAACGAUUGGACAUGCAGGUAAAUAUUAUCCAAACUUUAAUGGGUAAAUCACAACAGUAAGAUUCAAUUUAGGACCUGGAGCAUUUGUUGAAAAUACAGCAGGCAUUAUGGCUAGAAUUAAGAAUAAAGAUCCAAAACCUGAUAUUUUAUCAGUUCCUAAAAUCUAUGAAGUAUUUGUUGGUAAACAAGAUGCUACAAAACUUAAAAUUGAUAAUCCUGUCAUUAUUGAGUAAGAAGCGAGAGAAUAUUCAGUUUAAUUAUGGUUCAGAUGGUUCAAAACUCCAGUUAAACCAAAUUAAGUGAUUUAUAGAUUAUCAGCUAACAGAGCUGAAAAUGAUGCCUAGAAGAUUGGUGAUAAGGUGUUAAUGCUAACUCAUAUUGGAACUGCUUUAUUUAGUACUUACACUUUACAAGAUUCAAUUAUGAAUGUCCCUUUUGAAUGUAACAUACCAAGAUAAUCACUUGAAAUUUGGACAUUUGCUUAUUUCGCUUAUUCUAAGAAGGAAAGAAAAGUAUAAUAUUAUUUGAAAGCUGAUGCUCAUGAAAAUAAAGGAUUAGAACCUAUAAUACAUGCCGUAUCUUCUAAGUUUUGGUUGUAUGCAGGAAGAGAUGGUCUUUUGGAGAACUUUAAUAGUAGAGUGGCGUAAUUAACCUUAAAUUUUGGUGAGGGAUCUUUUCGUAAAGAAAACUUUUUAUAAUUGCCAGUAUAUUUGUUAUCUACAAAACUAUUUUCAUAAGAAAAGAAGAAUAAUUGGGAAAAUUCAGGAAAGAUAGUUUUUGGUUAACCUUAAACUGUUAAAUUUGUAGAUGAACCAGAUAGACCAAUUGAAUCAAUGUAAGAAUAUAGCAUAGGGUUUUGGUGCAGGUUUUUAUAAGCAUGGCCUGAAAGAUUGUAUAGAUUAUAAUAGGAAAUGUAAUUAGUUAGAUUAACCUCUAAUGAAUAGAUAGAAGUUGGUAAAAUAGCAAUGGGAGAUAGGAUAUUGGCAUCUCAUGUUAUUUAAGGUCAUUUUCAAUUUUCUACCUAUGACUUGAAUGAUGAUGCACCUAAUGAAUUAAGAACUAUACCAUAUUCUAAAUUAGAAGGAUAAUGGAAUUAUAUCUACAUGGGUUAUUAGAGAGUAAGCUAAUUAGCCUCAUAUUUUGUUUUUGAUGGAAAAGAGAUAUAGUAGGCUAAAAACUAAGAUUUAUUACACAAGCCUUUGGGAGACUAUGUUAUUUUCCACUUAGGAGGUGAGCCAGAUAUCCCUGGAUUUUAAGGAUUAAUGUGCAAGAUAGCAGUAAACUUCGGAGUUGGAUCAUUCUUUGGUUUGGUAGAAGAUGUGAAGAAAACGAUUGACAAUUCAUUUGCCCUUGAUUAAUAACUGACUGUGGACUUUAUUCAUAAGGAAAAACAUGGAUAAUAAGAAUUAAUUGGUAAAUUGGAAACAGUCGCUGAUGAUGUCGGAGGAGCUGAAUUGAGAGGGGAUACUUGGUCUUAAGUUGGUGAAUAUUCAAUCAGUGGAUGGCUCAAGAUUGCUGAACUUAAAGGAUAAAAUGCCAACGAUUGUUAAAUCUUAUUUAGAGUUACUAAUAAUGAUAAGGAGCAUUUAAAUGACAAAAGAUUUUAAGGAGAUAGGACACUUUAUGCCUCUGUUUGUGUGGAUUCCAUUAAAUUAUCCACUUACACCAUACAUGGAUUGAAAGAUUGGAAUGAAGCCAAGUUCUUGGAAGAAAAGGUGGAUUUAGGUCAUAAUAAGAAGGCAUGGAUAUAUAUUUAUAUGGGAUACAAUGAAGAUAUUUAAGAGGUUCAUGCAUUGCUACAUUUGUUCGAUCAAGAUAAACCUCUUAUUUUUAAAGGAGUUUAACAUUAUGUACCACAUUAUACAGGGAUCUAUGUAGCCAAAGAUCCAUUUACUAAAAGAUUCUAAGGUGAUCUAUAAAAGUGGGUUGCCUAAUAUGGUUCAAAUGCCUUUAUUAGUAUUUAAAAGCGAGGUUAUGAAGAUAUGUUAACAAAUUAUAGAGCUUUGGCAACUAACUAAAAAUAUAUGUGGUUUUCUAAAGAAGAUGGAGUAAUUGAAACAGAAAAAGCUAUAACAUAAGUCUUUACUACUGAAGUCGAAUCUGUUGAUGAAUAUUCUAUAGGUGUUUGGACCAGAUGGUUAAUUUCCUUCCCAACUACUCUUACUGAAAGAUAAGAAAGACAUAAUAUUUUCAGGUUCUCAUCUAAUAAAGAAGAUUAAGAUAAAAGCGAAUUGGGAGACAGGGUAUUGGCUGCAUUUUUAACUCUUGGAAAUUAUGAAUUUAGCACAUAUGAUGUUCUCAAACCAUCUAAUGCAGUUGAUGCCAAAUUACCAUAUACAGAAUUAGAAGGUGCUUGGACAUAUGUUUAUGCAACUUACAAAACUGGGUAGUUCUAUGGAAUGGUGUUGUUUAGAGAAUAGUAAAAAGCCUAACAUAUUGAAUUAUAAGUCCAACAUAAGGCAUUAACUGGCUAUUCCAAGUUUGUUUUAGGAGCUAAAGAGUUUGGAUUCAGAGGAUUUCAUGGAUGGUUAUUUGAUCCUAGAAUCUUCUUGGGUUAAGGAUCAUUUAUUAAUGAAGGUUAGAAAGUUGUUGACAUGGUACUCAAGCUGCAUCGUAAAUUACCAGUCCAACCACUUGAUGCUGAAGAUUUUAAGUGGCCUGUCUAAAUGAUAGACACUACUCUUUAAGAUGAAAUAAAUAACAAAAAAGAUAAGUUUUCAUUUACAUUCAAUGAUAAACCAGGUUUGGUUGAAUACUCAUAUGGGUUCUGGAUGUAAAAUGCUGUCCUUACACCUGAAUUAAAUGAUGAAUACAGAGGCCUGGUAAGAUUAUCAACAAACAACGAAGGUUCUGAUGAAAGAUAUAUUGGUGAUAGAACUCUAGCUUUAUUUACAAAGACUGAUGAAAUCGUAGCUAGUACUUAUACUCUCAAGGAUCCUACUUUCGAACCAGUUACGCAUACUUUCAAACUCAUACCUUAUUAAUGGUCUUUUGUUUAUUUCGGUUAUAUUCCUGGAAGGGCAAGAAUCUAUAUUUUGGGAAUCAAGGGACCUGAAGAAUAGAUUUUGAAUGUAAAACAUGCUAUUCCAAAUUCUUUUUAUCUUAAUUUAAUUAAAGAUUAAUCCCAUCCUCUAUUUUUUGGAAAAUUUUAUGGAUUUAAAUUAUUAUUUGGAUAGGGUAGCUAUUUGGCCAAUCCUUAAGAAAUUAUAGAAAAAUGGCCUUAUGAUCCAAAAGCAUUGCCACCUCCUCCAAAAUAAGAGGAAAAAAUCCUAUCAUUAAAUUCAGCCAAAGUAGAUAGGGCAUAAAAUAAGGAUCAUGAAAAGUUUGAAGAAUGA